AUGUUUUUUCGCAAACCAAGUAUCGCUUCUAUUGCCACGUACACCACCGUUGAUCGCACAAUCAAGCUUGCCGAUGAAAUGCCUGUGAACCGCAAAGUCAGACUAAAGUCGAGUUUUGCUACUCAGCAAGAUACGGAAUAUGACAACGUGUUCGUCAUUGAUGAAACUGACUCCUCUGGCUGGAUCUGCUGGUUAUGGGGACUGUUGGGGUGGAGAAAGACAGAGGAGAAAGUGUGUGACUUAUUCGAUGUCUCCUUUGAUUCCGAUCGUUUCGAAUUCAAUUAA